UCAGAGCCGCGGAAAGGGGUCAGGGCUUGCAGGCUGCUGGAAGUGGCUUUCAAGGUUCUAAGAACUUGAAUAACUUUCUUCACUCAUGUCACGACGUCCUCAUGAGACGGCGUGACGCUCCUGUUCUAGCGUCUAAUUUUAGAGAGAAUCUUUCUUACCCGUCCUAAUAGCGUCCGUUCUUUCAGUGUCUCUCCCUGACACGCGCUGUUAAAUUCGUAAGGCCGUUCUGCUGUCAGCCUUUUGAUAAGCAUCAUAAGGCGCUUCCGCCUUUCAAUUGGCGAAGCUGUUAAAGCUUUAGAAGCCUUCCUGGUCCCCUUUACCAUUCAACCAGCUCCUUACCAGACGGAGCUCCUUAUUGUUGCGAGGCUUUUAUUAGUCGGAGGUUCUAAUCAUUCACAAUUCGGUAUCGUUAGAGCUCCUUAUCAUUCAGAGCCCCUUGUCGUUCAGAGACCUUACCAUUCAGGGAUCCUUAUUCUUGACAGCUUGAUCUUUAUAUACCUUAUCACGUUUUCCCGAAGCUUCGUCAGUAGUCAUGGCUGAUUCGGCGAAGGCGGAUUUUCUCCAAGGGGAAUUUGACGACGCCAUAUUCUCCAUGACGGACUUCGAUAGCAUCACGUUCGACGCCAUAGGCGACAUGGGCCUGGCGGAGGACGGAUUAGCCGCCAUGAACGCCGCAUUGAACGGCCUGGCCGGUCCUAACGCCAGUACAAGCGCUGCCUCGAACGGUGCCUUGGUCGUGCUGGAGCCGCAAGACGCCAUCCCCCCGCCCAGCCAUCACGAGCAGUCGGCCGACAUGGUCUUUAAGUCCUAUGGGCAUGUCAGCGACGCCCGCGUUGCCCUUCAGUCUAUUCCUGCUGCUGGUGGUAUUGCUGCUGCGGCUGGUGGUUCUGCUGUCGGUGCGUCUGCACCCGCCGCUGCUCCGAGUGGUGCCGUUCUCAGAGCUGCUGGAGCUGGUUCGGUGGGUUUGGCAGCUCCUGGCUCGAUGCCAGGCUCGGUGCCAGGUUCGGUGGCAGGUGCAGGGAUGUGUUGCGCAGGUGGUAACGCAUGCUCUGGUAUGUGUAAGCCCGGCAGGGAGGAGGGGGGAAAGGCGCUUGGGGGGAGGACAGCAGGGCUAGAGGAGUGUGAUAGAGAUGGUGGAACGAGGAAGGCGCGAACCCCAAGCGCCAUGUCAAAAUUAAAACGGGUCUUUGAGCCUGCUCAUAUGGAGGACGGCGAUGUCUAUGGGGCUGGGGUUGGGGAUGGUAACACCAUGAGCGCUGGUAACCACAUGAGUGCUACAGGAGCAGGGGGACAGCAAGGGGGGAGGGUCGAAGGGGUGUGCGUGGCAGGCGCUGCUGCUGCCAAGUCAUCACCUCAAGGGUCGAAUGACAGCCACACAAUGAGCUCGUCGCCUCCUUCGCCGUGCAAGCCGCUACUCUCUGACCACGCCCAGGGCAUGCCACAGCUGAACAACUACCACCAACAGCAGCAGCAUCAUCAGCUUCACCAUCACCACCGCCAGCAGCAGCAGCAGCAACAGCGUGUGACGUCCUCUGGAGUUUCUGCCUCCGCCUCUGCGUGUCAAGUGCAGGAGGGAAGGCGAGUGGUGAGCCCAUCAGUCUCCCACAGUAGCAGGCAGAGCAGGCAAGGGACAGCAGCAGCGGUGGCAGCAGCUGUAACGCAGCAGCAGCAGCAAGCGAGGGCACAGCAACAGGCAGCGGCACACGAGCACGCAGCAGCGCAGCAGCACACGGCAGCGGCGCAGCAAUAUGCAACAGCACAGCAGCACGCAGCAGCACAGCAGCACGCAACAGCAGCAGCGCAAGCCAUGGCCAGAGCGCAAGCCUUUCAGAUGGCGUCCUGGCAAGGGCACAUGGCAGCAGGGGGGCAAGGGCACAUGACUGCAGGGGGGCAAGGGCACAUGCGGUGUGCCACCAAUCAGCCGAUGAAACAAGAGCAGCUCGAAGGCCAGCAGAGGCCACACGACGGCGGAGGAGGAAGAGGAGGAGGGGAAUCAGGAGCAGCAGGCAACAGCUGUGCGACAGUGGCAUCCGCGUCUCACCCAACGCCAACUGCCAACGCCAAUAGCGCCACUCUCCCCGCUCUCCGCCCCAUCAUGCCCCCCUCCUUACGCGGCCUGCCCAACCUCCCAGGCCUGCCGCCCCCCUUCGUCUUCCCUCCUGGCAUGCUCCCUGGAAACGCCUCUGGUUCUGCGUACCCGCGCCCGCUUGCUGUGGGGAGCAUGGGGGCGGGGGGCAUGGGGGCGGGCAGCAUGGGGGCGGGCAGCAUGAUGGGAGUGGGGAGUGUGGGCGCUGGUGUGUCUGCCAUGCCUGGUUUACCUGCCCUUUCCGUUGGCAUUGCGCGCCCUUCAAGGGCAGCUGCAGCAGGGGCCAGAACCGCCGCUGCUGCUGGUGUGGGUUCUGGUGUUGCUACAGCUGCUGGGGGUGAUGAUGCUGUGGGCGCAGCAGGGAAAACCAGCCCUGUUGCUGCUCCAGGCUCUGGAACGGCAAUGGAAGCAGCCACAGCAGCAGCAGCAGCAGGAGGGUUAGUGAAGACAGAGGGGGCGGAUUGGGAGGCCGAGCUGUACGGACAUAGAGCAGAGAGAACAGGAUUUGCAGGAGCUGCUGGGGGUGCUGGGGUGGCUGGGUGUCAUCGGCCGUCCGUGGGCAUCAGACGAGGGGUGAGCUUGCACGAGGGGCUGUCUAACAUGCGCUCCUACCCCCCAGUGUCGCCAGCAGUGGUGCGGUCAGCAGCAGGCGUCAUGCAGCCACUGGCGUCUCCAGCAAUCAACGCCCCCUCGCAGUCAGCAGGAGCACCCUCGCCUCGCUCCUCCAUGCCCUCACCAUCGCCUAGACCUGUGGGUUCAGGGUCCGGGGGAGUGGGGAGUGUGGGUAGAGCUGUGCUUGCCUCCCCCUCUGUUGCCUCUGUACCCGCUGCUUCUGCCUCUGGCGCUGCUGGCGGUAAUGCUGCUGCUGCUGCCUCUGCUGCCGCUGCUGCUGCUGGCCCGUAUGCCAAAAUGCGCCGAGUUGCCUCUGCUGGACAGCUGCUGCAUUCCAAUUGGCCGGCGCCAGCAGGCGGGCACUUUGACGCUCACAUGUGGCAGAGAAGAGUGGCCGAGAUGGAGAGAUGGGCGGCAGGUGGAGGGGGAGGAGGUGCGGGGGGAGGAGGAGUGGGGGGAGGAGGAGCGGGGGGAGGAGGAGCGGGGGGAGGAGGAGCGGGGGGAGGAGGAGGAGGGGCAGUGGGACGAGGUGCUCAUGCUGUCGAUAUUCCCACUCCUGGUGCUGGGGCUGUUUGGUCUGCUGAUCCAGGUGCUACUGGCAGCUCUGCUGCUGCUGCUGCUGCUGGGUCUGCCAGUGCUGUUGCGUCUGCUGUGGCCCCUCUCUGUGCUGCUGCUGCCGCAGGGGCAAGGCAGGGCGCAGGUGCAGCUGCCACAGGGCGAGUAGCAGGGUCGGUUUCGGGAAUGGCAAAUGGGUGUGCAGGAGGGUCGAAUAGUGGGGAGGGGAGCACAGGGGACCAUGGGGAGGAUUCACAGGGUAGGAGGGUGGAGAGAAUGGUGGCAGGAGGGGCGGGAGGGAGGGGAGAGACGGGAGGUGCGGCAGGCGGAGGGAGGGAUGGAGCAGGUGGAGGGGGGGCAGCUGGUGUUGCUGCUGGCGCUGGUAGACCGGCUGAUGGGGCAGAGAGCAUGCAUCGCGGGGCGAAUCCGAUCAUGCAUGUGGGAAGCCAUGAUGGCGACGGGGAUGGCGAUGGGGAUGGGGAUGGGGAUGGUAACCAUAGCAAUGGCGACAGUGGCGAUGGUGAUACUGGUGAUGGUGACGAGGAUGAGCUGAAGCCCCUCCCGUCCCCCAUCCUGCGAGCUCGCAGAGCCAUGGGCAUGGGGGCAGGCAUGGGCAUGGGCAUGGGCAUGGGCGGCAUGGGUAUGGGCAUGGGCAUGGGCAUGGGAAUGAGCAUGCCGCGUAGCUUCAGCAGCCAUGCCCUAGGUCAGCUGCACAUGCAGCACAUGCCCGGCCUCCCGCCCCUCCCCCCGGCCGCCGCAGCAGCGCACCUAGCAGGGCAGCACAUGCCAGUGGGCAUAGAGGGCGGGGUUAUGGGCAUGGGCGAGGGGCUAGCAGGCGGAGCGGCAGGGGCAGGUGGGGUGAUAGGGGGGAUGGGGCAACGACCUGCUCCCGCUGCUGCUGCCAGUGCAGCUGCUGCUGCAGCAGGCGCGUAUGGCAGUGCUGCUGCCAGUGCUAGUGCUGCUGCUGGUGGUAGUGGUGGUGCUGGUGGUGGCAUGAGUGUGGUGGGGGAGGGUAUGAUGGCAGUGUCGGCAGGGGAAGGGGUGUCAGCAGCAGCAGCAGCAGCAGGCAUGGCAGGAGGAGGGUUUGGCGGGGGGCAUUUCGCAGGCAUGGGGGGAAGCAUGGGCGGCAUAGCAGGGAUGGGAGGGAGCAUGGGGGCUCCAAUGUUGCCAUCUUUCAGCAGCAUGAGACGAGCACACAGCACAGGAGAUAUCCAGUCCCUGGCUGCAAUGCGCUCCCUAGCCAUGGGCUUCGGCCACCUCCCAGCACCGCCUGUAGCGGCAGGAGCAGCAGCCGCAGCAGCAGCUGGAAUGGGCCCCUUUGAUGACCCUACCGGCAUGGGACUGGGCAUCAGCAUGGCCAUGGGCAUGAGGAGCAUGGGGAUGGGCUUGGGCAUGGGGGGUAUGGGCAUGGGGGUGGGCGCGGGCAUGGGCAUGGGGGUUUUUCGUAUCGGGCGGUAUACGUUGGAGGAGCGGCGGCUGCGGAUCAUGAAGUACAGGCAGAAGAGGCAUGAGCGGAACUUCACAAAAAAGAUCAAGUACGCGUGCCGCAAGAAUCUGGCAGAUAGCCGGCCGCGAGUGCGAGGGAGAUUUGCACGCAACGACGAGAUUGAAGAGGAGCAGCACGACAAGGACAGCCACAGCGGAGAUGGACCUGAUGGUGACACCGCCUGUGCUGAUGCUGACGUGGACAUCACAGGUCCACAUGGCUUGUUAUCGCAUGACUUGCCUCCGACAGCGCAUGCUGACGUGUUUUCAGCAGAAGAUUUUUCUGACAUGCUGUUGGACGGACCUUUUGGGUCCGAUGCAUUUUUUGACAUUGAUCCGCCUGCUGGUCGUAACAGCUCCUGACCCUUAUAGUUCUACUUGGUAGGUAGGUAGCCACUUGAAGAGUGUUUCUUACGUGAGGGGUUCUGUACAGGUUCGGAAUUAUUGUUAUUGCUAUUGAGUGAACUUGUCACUCGAUGAAUUUCCUAUAU